AUGACUCAGUCAAGCCACAUAACCGAUCUCGUUCAACUCUCACCAGAUCCUUCACCAAAUGAUAUUGCUGAGGUUCUUCGUCAACGGUAUCUUAAUGACCAUUUCUACACAAGUAUCAACCGGGCAGUUCUCAUUGCCCUAAACCCCUACAAGCUGCACGACGGACCCCUCGCCAGUACUUCGGCCGACUAUGUAGCAGAGUACAAAGACACUCAGUGCGCAAAAGCAAAUCAAUGGCGAGAACCUCAUCUUUUCCAGCUUGUAAAUCAUGCCUAUUUUCAUAUGCGAAGAACAAGUAUCAACCAGUCUGUCUUAUUUAGUGGUGAGAGUGGAAGUGGAAAGUCUGAAAGAUUCCGUCAGGCAGUCGGACAUCUUAUUGCCCUCAGCACGCACAAAAAGCAAACACGCCUCCAACAGCAUUUGCAGAGCAGUCAAGUCUUACUCGAUCUCUUUGGAAAUGCAAAGACAACUGUGCAUGAUAAUGCAUCUAGAUUGGCACAGUACUUAGAAGUUCACUUUACCGAAAGAGGCCGCAUGGCUGGCGCAAAGUUCAUGCCCUACGCUCUAGAGAAGUACCGCGUCACUAUGGCAGCCCCGGAUGAACGCAAUUUCCAUGUAUUCUAUGCUGUCCUUUCGGGUGCCUCUCCUGAAGAAAAAGCCCGAUUAGGCCUGUCUGACUGGACUGCCUACCACUAUCUGGCUCGGACAUCGACCGCACGGGCUUCAUCAAUCGACGACAGCCAAAAUUACGUCAAUCUCAGAGCAGCACUAAAGACCCUUCUGUUCCACAAACAUACUGUCACACAGCUCUUCCAGGUCUUAGCUGCAAUCCUUCACCUUGGUAACCUUGUGUUCAUUGAAGACCCUAACAAUGCACAAGACGCAGCAAUUAUCAAGAACAUGGAUGCACUUACCACAGCUGCGGAUCUACUCGGUGUCGAUCCAAAGGCCUUGAUGAGCACCCUCACUUAUAAAAGUAAGCUGAUCAAAAGGGAUAUCACUACUCUCUUUCUUGAUCCUGCUCAGGCCACAAUUCAGCGAGAUGAACUGGCCCAGACACUCUAUGUACUCGUCUUCACCUGGUUGACAGAACAGAUCAACGACAAAUUAUCCGCAAAGGAAGGGUCCCACAGUUUGAUAGGAUUGUUGGAUACACCUGGCAUGACAGCCGUCCGUACCACGGCUCAUGCAUCAUUCGAUCAACUGGCCUUUAACUUCAUUACCGAAUCAAUCCACCAGUUCAUGCUUUCAAGUCUGUUCGAGCGUGAUGUACACGAGUAUGCUGAACAAGGUGUACCAAUGCCCAUGGAAGCUUGGCCAACAAAUACCGCCACAGUCGAUUUACUUGUCCACCCUGCUAAAGGUCUGUUUAGCAUCCUAAACACUCAGGCCAAUCGACAGGGUUCCCGACCGACAGACGAUGUUCUGUUGGAUCAAUUUGCCAACGCAAAUCGCAGUAGUUCAGAUGGGAUAUUGCUUUCAUUUAAGAAGAGUGACACUGGUGCUCGAUUGUUCGCAAUCCAGCAUUUCUGGGCCCAGACAACCUACGAUCCUCGUGGGCUCAUGGACAGAAACGAAGAUUACCUGUGCAAUGACUUUAUCGCCUUAUUCCGUGGAAAUGCAUAUAGUGCACCAACCACCAAUGGACUUGUGGCCAGUUUGUUUAAUGAACCAAUGAUCGAGGAAGACUACAGCAUCCGCAACCGCGUCUCAUCUCCCCAACUUGGUAUCCGCCCCCUACAGUCCCCAACAAAUCUCGACAAAUCGGAUGAUAAGACUGCAUCGAGAUUGAGUGACUCAAGUGUACCAACUGUCGUGGACCAACUCAUGAAUGGAAUCACAGAUCUUACUCAGGCAUUAUCAAACACAAUACCUUGGUUCGUUCUGUGUAUGCGUCCCAACGAGCUCUCAUUACCAAAUUCUUGUGAUGCCAAAAAGGUCACUGUUCAGAUAUCAAGCUUCCGCCUUACAGAGUUAAUCCGAAGAUUGCGAGUUAGCUACAAUACCAUAUUUCCUAUGGACGAGUUCUUUGAUAGAUAUGGCAUUGCCCUAACAAUGCUUCUGGGUCAAUCAAUCGAAGCCGGAACGCUCAAAGAAAGGUGUAAACUGGUCGUCCAUGCAUUGGGAUGGAAUGAAACAUAUGCUGGUAUUGGUCGUGAUAAGAUAUAUCUUUCAAAUAAUGCUUUCCGUAUUCUGGAAGACGAAUUGAGAAGCACAGAGAAAUCAGACUCUAAGAAGACAAAGAUACCUACAGGAGGAAUGUCUUUGCGCCAUCGCCGAGAUAAUUUCGAUGGCUACUCUUUUAAUGACGACCAAGUGUCUUCGGCUAUGUCUAAUGAUGAUUUCCUCGACGAAGCCAGUCCAGUAAAUGACUUUCACGCCUCGGAUCUUUUCUCUCCAAGUCAAAGUGAUCCUACUGAAAUCGAACGAAAAGCCGAGUACCCUCCUCCAGGCGAACCAGAGCACGAAGAUGAACAAGAUCAAAUAUCAAGCGAACGUCGAAAAUGGCUCAUCCUCGUAUGGGGAUUGACCUGGUGGGUUCCUUCUCCCUGUCUCCAAUACUGUGGUGGUAUGAAGCGUAAAGACAUCCGUCUAGCCUGGCGUGAAAAACUGGCCUUGUGCAUCCUUAUCUUCCUCCUCUCAGCAUCAAUGGUAGUCUUUAUCGUCUUCUUCGGACCCCUGAUAUGUCCCCAACAGGACGUCUACUCUUUCUCCGAACUCCAAAGCAAAUCCGAAAAACAAAGUGCAUAUGUAGCCAUUCGCGGCGAAGUGUUUGAUCUAACAAAAUUUGCGCCACAUCAUUGGGCUUCUGAGGUCAUUCCUGACAGUACACUAUUUGACUAUGCUGGCAAGGACGCCACAAAUUUAUUUCCAGUUCAGGUCUCUGCUCUAUGCGAUGGUACUACCGGUGUUGUUUCUGAUGAAAUUGUGCUCGAUUUUCAAGCCAACUUGACAGACCGAAAUGCUGCCUACCAUGAUUUCCGAUUCUUUACCAACGAUUACCGCCCAGAUUGGUAUUUCGAGCAGAUGGUCUACAUGCGCAAGAACUAUCGACUUGGAUUUAUGGGAUAUGAACCUUCGGAUAUCUUGCGACAGGCCACCAAUGUUGUGAGCGUCGGUGAUAUCAGCACUCACAGACAAUGGGCUAUUCUUCAUGGAGAUGUCUAUGAUUUGACAUACUAUCUGAUGGGUGGCCGUGCUCCUCGUGCCCCUGAAGGACAAAUGCCACCCCCAAAUUUGGACCUGAAUUUUAUGGACAAUACCAUUAUCGAACUCUUCCGACAGUUGGCUGGUACAGACAUUUCAGCUCAUUUUGACGCACUUCCUAUCGAAAAAGAGCUCCGAACAAGGCAGUUGGUGUGCUUGCGAAAUCUCUUUUUUGUCGGCAAGCUAGACACACGUCGAUCUAUUCAGUGUCAGUUUGCAGAAUACUUUUUGCUGAUAAUUACAGGUUUCUUGUGUACCGUAAUCGUCUUCAAGUUUAUUGCUGCCCUUCAGCUUGGUGCCUUCCGUGAACCAGAAGAUUACGACAAAUUUAUUAUCUGUCAAGUGCCAUGUUACACUGAGAGUGAAGAGUCAUUAAGAAUGACCAUUGAUUCCAUUGCCGUUCUUCGAUAUGAUGACAAGCGGAAACUACUGUUCUUAGUUUGUGAUGGCAUGUUGGUUGGUAGUGGUAACGAUCGACCAACUCCUCGCAUUGUCUUGGACAUUCUCGGUGUUGAUCCCAACAUUGACCCAGAGCCUCUUUCAUUCCUUUCGCUUGGUGAUGGCAUGAAGCAGCACAACAUGGGUAAGAUCUACUCUGGGCUUUAUGAAUGUUCUGGCCACGUCGUACCAUACGUUGUUGUUGUCAAAGUUGGCGCCCCUUCAGAAAGACAGAAACCAGGAAACAGAGGAAAGCGUGAUUCUCAGAUGGUGCUGAUGCGCUUCUUGAAUAAAGUACACUUUGAGUCUGCGAUGACACCCAUGGAACUCGAAAUAUAUCACCAGAUCAAGAACGUAAUUGGUGUUAACCCAAGCUUCUUUGAGUUUGUACUCAUGGUGGAUGCUGAUACAGAGGUCAUGCCAGAGUCUUUGAACCGAAUGGUUUCGUGCUUUGUCCAUGACAGCAAAAUUAUUGGCCUAUGCGGUGAAACAGCCCUGUCGAACGAGAAAGACAGUUGGGUAACCAUGAUACAGGUUUAUGAAUACUACAUCUCCCAUUUCCUUGCCAAGGCUUUCGAGUCUCUCUUCGGUUCCGUCACUUGUCUUCCCGGAUGUUUCUGUAUGUACCGUAUCAGAUCACCGGCAAAAAAUCAGCCUCUACUGGUGAGCAAUCAGGUCAUCGAGGACUACUCUGAAAACAAGGUCAACACACUUCAUCAGAAAAACUUGCUCCAUCUUGGUGAGGAUCGUUACUUGACUACUCUUAUUCUCAAGCACUUCCCUACCUACAAGACCAAAUUCACUGCCGAUGCUUCGUGUUUAACGAAUGCCCCAGACCGCUGGAGUGUAUUGCUGUCUCAGCGCCGUCGAUGGAUUAACUCUACUAUUCACAAUCUCGGCGAGCUCAUUUUCCUACCCCAGCUAUGUGGUUUCUGUUGUUUCUCUAUGCGAUUUGUAGUAAUUCUCGAUCUCCUCAGUACAUUGGCAAUGCCUGCAGUUGUAUGCUAUCUUGGUUAUCUGAUCUAUCGGCUUGCGACCAAUGCAGGCCAAGUACCUAUGAUUUCUAUUAUUACGCUUGGUGGUAUCUAUGGUCUUCAGGCCAUUAUCUUUAUCGUUCGACGCAAGUGGGAACAUAUUGGCUGGAUGAUUGUAUAUAUUCUUGCUAUUCCUAUAUUCUCCUUCUUUAUCCCUAUUUACUCCUUCUGGCAUUUUGACGAUUUCUCAUGGGGUAACACUCGUGUGGUCGUGGGUGAAGGUGGCCAAAAGAAGGCACUCCCAGUAGACGAAGGCCGGUUUGACCCCAAGACCAUCCCUCUCAAGAAAUGGAGUGACCAUGAGAAUGAAAUCUGGGAAAGUGGAUCCAUUGAAACCAAGGUCACUGCUGUAACUGCAACCAGUCGACGCACAUUUGGAUCACCAGCACCACCAGCCUACCCACCUUACCCAGCCAGUGUUAAGGGAGGUCCGGCAACAGUCUACAAUGACGCCGCUAGUUUCCGUUAUUCACCUGCCCAUCUGAGGGCACCAUCUGUCCUACCUCCCCUACAGCUGCCAAUGAUGAGUUCGCCUUCAUUAUACAGUGAUGUUGCGAGCGGAUAUCAUGAACCUUAUCUGAAUGGUCCAACUGAUGAUGAAAUUCGUCGCGAGGUCCAACGCAUUACCGCUUCAGCAGAUCUUAUGACAAUGACUAAAAAACAAGUCCGUGAACAGCUUAGCCGACAUUUUGGCAUCGACAUGGCGUAUAGAAAAGACUUUAUUAAUUACUGUAUCGAAGAAGCUCUUCAUUUCUAG